AUGAUCAGCAGGAACAGAACAUGGCCUAAUGACAUGCUGCUGGAUUUCAGCGAUAUAAAACCUCAAAACUAUGCUAUUGGACUUGGUCCAAAGGAGUCAACAAUAUAUAUGCUCGAUUUUGGUAUUGCAAGGAAAUUUACUGAAGGAGAGACGAUGAAAGUGAAGUUACCACGGAUUAAAGUGCAUUUCCUCGGAACUCUGAGAUUUGCAUCGCGAGCAUGUCAUAAGCAGAUUGAGCAAGGACGCAAAGACGAUUUGGAAUGCUGGCUGUAUAUGUGCUUCGACUUAUUUGACGACGACAAGGGUUUGCCAUGGAAGAGGUGCGAGCGUGAUGAGAUCCUGACCAUGAAGCAGAAGUUUUUCAAACUUGAAAUAAGUUCCUGCUACUCGAUAGUUCCAGAAGAUUUCAAGCGAAUUGUUCAGUAUAUCGAUGGGCUGAAGUACGCUGAUGAACCAGAUUACGUAUACUCGAAUUCUCUAGCAGCUAUAGCCAAAGAAGCCAGGGUAGACUUCAACAAGCCACUCGACUGGAUCGGAAUCACCUCCAAGAAACGAGAGAAGCAGAAAUCGGCUAGCGAGGAGACAUCCAUGCAACAAGCAAAGAAGAAAUACGGCUCAGGAGAAAGAAGAAGACACAAGGAAAGGAGUGAUUCAAGAGUUCUCGAGUCAAGAAACGAUGACGUGUACGUGUUUCACUGCAGAUUAAUCAAUAGUGAGUUU